AUGUCACGGGUUGUGAAAGUGUUUCGGACCUUGCGUAGUCAUUGGAAGAAGUCCACGUUUGCAGUGUGCGUCCUAUCUUACGGAAGUCACUGGCUUUAUGGUAAAUAUUGUGACAAAAUGGUGCGAAGAGAGGCGUGCCUAGAAGCAAGGGAAUUUGGGCGCCAGUUAAUUGCGCCAAGUGAAGGUUUAAAGAAAGCUACAGUGAUCCUGAACCCUGCAGCUUGCAAUGGGAAAGCCAACAGUUUGUUUGAAAAGAAUGCUGCCCCAAUCUUACAUCUGGCUGGCAUUGAGGUUACAGUGGUCAAGACAGAUUAUGAAGGUCAAGCCAAAAAAAUGAUGGAUUUCAUGGAAAGCACAGAUAUGCUGAUUGUGGCCGGAGGAGAUGGUACUUUGCAGGAAGUCAUCACAGGUUUGCUACGGAGGUCAGAUCAAGAUUCAUUCAGUCGCACACCGAUUGGAUUCAUUCCACUUGGCACUCGUAACGCCGUGAGUGCCAGUCUUCACAUCAUUAGUGACAACAAGGUCAAGGACAUUACGUCAGCGACACUGUCUAUCCUGAAGGGGGAAACCGUGCCUCUGGAUGUACUACAAAUCGAAGGGGAACGAGAGAAGCCCGUCUUCGCUUUGACAGGACUGCGUUGGGGUGCUUUUCGAGAUGUUUCUGCAACUAUUAGCAAAUAUUGGUAUCUUGGACCAUUGAAGACAAAUGCUGCUCAUUGGUUUCGCACCCUUCGGGAGUGGCCCUUACUAUGUGACGUCACAGUGAACUAUUUGGCUCCCACCCUUCGGCCCCCUGACUUGCCUCCUCAUAAGCCCCCCCGACCCAACUUGCUCUACCGAAUCAUCCGCCGGCUGAGAAACUACUGGAAUCCACCCCCAGGAGAGCCUCCCAAAACAGAAGAACCGGAGCAAUGGGAGGAACAGAAGCUAUCUUCAGUCGAGCUGUUUAUUCAAACGCAUAACAAGAACCCUGUUGAGCACCGCAUAAAUGACUCCAUGAUGAUCUGUGCGGAGUCCCAAAACUUCACCGUUGGUGAAUUCAUCACUGUCGGAAACCAAAAACAUAACGAUCCAAGUGUCUUCUCUGCAAACGCCACAAAACUAGAAGCUAGCGCUUGCCGGCUGAAGCUACCAGAGGUCACGGGUGGUUUCUUUAACAUCGACAACGAAGAGUUUGAGGCCAUGCCUGUGGAGAUAAGGCUGUUGCCACGGAAACUACAUUUUUUCAUGAGUGCAGAGCGCAGACAACAGCUUCUGUCACAGAUGCAGUGA